GUGACUUGCUGAAUGGGCCCCUGACGCUAGCUGAGGUCAUUUUGGGUACGCUGUUCCUGUCUUCCUUUCGCCCUGGUCUGAUAAUUGUUGCCAAAAGAAGAGAUAUUACAACUAUUGAGGAUUGUUCUGAUUUUAUAGCAUUGCGUAUAUAAACCAAAUCUACCAAUAUGGCUGGAAUUAAAAAGUAUUGCAUGUGGCAAGAUCUAGACAAGUAUAAGGACAUUGAUGAAGAUGAGAUAUUAGCAAAGUUGACUCCAGAAGAAUUGGAACAAUUAUCAGCUGAGUUUGAUCCUGAUAAUGUGUUGCUACCUCCACGCGACCGACAGAAAGACCAGACUACGAAGGAUCCCACUGGUCCGUAUGAUAGAAAACAUUUGAUGGAUUUUCUUGAGAAGAAAGCCAAGCAAGAGGAAGAUGUGGAGGAAAGAGUGCCUUAUGAAUCUGGCAAGAAACGAGGCAAAGUAUGGCAGGCAAAGGAAGAUGCAAAACCAAUCAUCAAUGACGAUGGAGAAGAAGAAAUUAUACUGAGUGAAGAAUGGGAGGAUGCCUUAACAACUGCUACAGAAGAUGAACUAGUAGAAUUAGCAGCCGUACUUGGCUUACACAGUAUGUUGAAUCAGGUCCAGUAUCAAGCGUCCAUUGUUGAUAAGAAAGUGAGCGACAUUGAUGAAGAAUCUGGAAAGUUCCAUGGUGUUGCUAAGUAUGCCGUUCCAAAACUUCUUCCACAAGAGCCACCAAAUGAUACAGAUGUAGAAAAAGGUGUAAAACAAGUAAAAGAUAAUGAUCCUGAGUUGAAAGAUUUAAAUCUUAAUAACAUAAAGAAUAUUGCUAUUCCAACUCUGACAGACUUAGCUGAGGGUUUGAAGCAGAAUACUAACUUAGUUAAACUAAGUUUGUCCAAUACCAGAUUAACUGAUGCUGUAGCAUUGAAAAUUGCUGAAGCACUAUCAGAAAACAAAAGUUUGAAAAUUUUAAAUUUGGAAUCAAAUUUUAUCAGUGGAAAAUCAAUCAUAGCUAUUAUGGAAUCUGUGGCUACAAAUACCUCACUUCUUGAGCUUAGGAUAGCCAAUCAGAGAGGAGUUCUUGGCAACAAAGUGGAAAUGGAAAUUGCAAAAGCACUGGAAGAAAAUAAAACAUUGCUAAAAUUUGGUCUUGCGUUUGAGAGAGCUGGUCCCAGGACAAGAGCUCAUGAUGCUCUUUUAAGGAAUCUGGAAUUUGCUCGUAAACAACGUAGUAAAGUUGAAGAUGACGAAGGGGAAAAGUAAACAAUCAAAAACUGAGGAAAGACAGAUAUUGCUGCAAAUCGUAGAUCAUACGUAAUCUGUAAUGUCAGCAAUCAUAGCAACUCAUCCAAAAAUUGUAUUGUAUUUUAUUUUGAAGUAAAAUAUUAUUUUACCUGUAUAUUUUUAUUAUGUCUGAAAUAGGCUUGCUCACCACACGCCAGAAUUAUUGUUGCUUAAUGUAGCCUUGGGCCACAGUUAUUGCUGCAAUAAUAUGACCAUGGCCUCACAAAUACACGUUCUCAGAUUUUAUUUUAAAUAAAUUUAGAGGUAGGAUCUAACUCUGAUAUUGAACAAUUAUACGAACAUUGAUUAUGACAUUUUAAUGAAUCCUAAAACUGAUAGCACAAGAAAAUAUGCUGCUAAAGUAGGAUCAAAAUUUUGGAAUUGUCACACACUUGUGUCAAAAUGAUAGACAGAAGAAUGAUCAUUUCAAAUACACAUUGCCACCAUGAUUUUUAUAAAAAUUGUGUCACAUAUACAUGAUUGGUGCAUAUAAAUACUGAUUUGCAAAUAACAUGUGAUUGGUGCAUAUAUACACUAAUUUGCAUGUCAGCACGUGAUUGGUGCAUUUAUGUACUGAUUUGCAUGUGAACAUGUGAUUGGUGCAUACAUGUGCUGAUUUGCAUGUCAACAUGUGAUUGGUGCCAUAUAUACACUAAUUUGCAUGUCAGCACGUGAUUGGUGCAUUUAUUUACUGAUUUGCAUGUCAACCUUUAAUUGGUGCAUACAUGUGCUGAUUGGCAUGUCAACAUGUGAUUGGUGCAUUAUUUACUGGUUUUUCUGCAAAUCUAAUUGCUGCACACAUAAAUAUGUGGUUAGUACAAUAAUUUGGUGUACAUAUACAAUAAGAUUGCAUACAACCUUUGGUAAAAAUAUAUACUGAAUUGCAUACAAAAUUCCUUUGAUCCAAAUAUGUUUUGUCUACAGAUUUGCAUACACAUAUACUAAUUUGCAUAAAACCUUCUGAUUGGUGCAACAUGUGUAUUGGUGCAUUUUUUACUGAUUAAUGUAGCCAAUAAUAGUUGCAUGUGUGCCCUGUAUAUUAUUUUGCAUCAAGAUGUGUUUUAGUUUUAUUAAAUUUACAUUUUACUUAAUAAUGACGAAAAGUUAUGCUAGAGUGAAUGUAUGCUUCUUUUCAUAUCUAUUCAUGCAAAUUUUUAGCUAAAUAUUGAUAGAUGUAGUAUUUUUAAGAAAUUUUUAAACUUGUUACUCUUGUCGGGUUCCAUGCACAUUUGUCUUUCAGUCUGAUUGGUUCAAUAACUGCACUUGUACCUAAGGCAUCAUUGAUGUCUAUAAAAAUAGACUAGUUUACAUUCCCUGUGAGAUCCUGUGUUAUGAUGGAAAUGUACCAGUAAAAACCAAACAAACAAAGGUCAUAGUUGUGUCAAAACAUCCCAAAAAUAUUUUAGAAUUUCCACGACAAAAGUUUGAUGAAGUUAAAGGCAUCUUAAUUCUUGAAAGCAUUUUGACAAAUGUUCGGUCGUGCAUCUUUCAUGCAUUGGGCGAGAUUCAGAAGGGAACAGAAAAACAUCUAUUAGUAAAUUUAGUGCAAGCACCAGACAAACUAGGUGUCGACAACCAUUGUGUAAAUAUUGUUUUUUUUUAAAUUAUAAAUAAAAACUUGCUUAAUGCGAA